AUGGAAUUAUUAUUAAAUGUAAACUCGUCUACCUACAGAAUUGUUGUUAUUUACCGUCCUCCCCUAUCAUCGUUAAACAAAGUAACAUAUUCUGCAUUCCUUGAAGAAUUUACAAAGCUACUGGAGCACAUCUCCCUAGCUUCUGGAAAGCUUAUAAUUGUAGGAGAUUUUAACUGUCAUGUAGAUAAAGGAGGUUCUAAUGCUCUCAGGUUUUUGGAGCUGCUGCAGAUUUUUAAUCUUGAACAGCAUGUGAAUGUACUGACACACAGUAGUGGACAUACACUCUACCUUAUUAUCACCAGGAAAGAUGAAACUAUGAUUAACAAUCUUAAACUAUUCGACGCUGUUAUUUCUGACCAUUUUGUGUUGCAUUGUAAUUUAGACUUGGCUAAGCCUUGUAAUGUAAAGUCGGACAUUUCGUAUCGAAAGCUUGGAGAUAUUGAUACACUUAAGUUUCGUGAAAACAUUCUUAGCUCGGAGUUAUAUACAAGAACUGCACCUACUCUUGAGGAGCGUUUUGACCAAUAUGAUUUGGUAUUAUCAACAUUGUUGGAGAACCAUGCCCGACUUCGUAAAAAGACUGUAACGAUCCGAUCUAUGGCUCCAUGGUAUAAUGAAGAUAUCAAAAAGCAGAAAAUAGUAAGACGAUGCAAGGAACGGAGAUGGCGUAAAAGUGGCUCACAAGUUGAUAGACAGGCAUAUGCUGAUCAGUGUAUCCUUGUUAAGAACACAAUCAGUGAAGCGAAAAUGGAAUAUUAUUCAUCACUUGUUCAAGAUGCUGGUACUGAUAGUGGACGAGUUUUUCAGAUUAUUAAUCGAUUCCUACACAGGAAACCGGAAAAGCUAUAUCCUGCAUGUAUUUGAUUCGUCCACAAGGUUAGCAAACCAGUUUGCAUAUUUCUUCAAAGAUAAAAUCUUCAAGAUAAAACAAGGACUACAAACUCUAUUGUCAGAGAAUACCCGAGUUUUUUCCCACCUGGAUAACCCAAAGCUAACUUUCUGUUUGGAUGAGUUUAUUUAUACCACAACUGAGGAGUUAUCUGAUAUUUUGGAAAAGACUAAACUAAAGUCAUGUGUGCUAUAUCCAAUACCAGCAAAGGUACUUUUUUCCCACGUAGAUGUGAUUUUACCGAUUGUCACAGACAUAGUUAAUUCAUCUUUGGAAACUAGCCAUGUUCCAUCGUCCUUUAAGAAGGCUGCUUCAUACCCUACUCUUAAAAAGUCUGUCACGGACUAUGAAGAAUUUUCCAACUUUCGUCCAAUCUCUAACUUAAAGUUUAUUUCGAAGAUGACUGAAAAAGUGGUUUCCUUACGUCUAUUGCAUUAUCUUCGAAGCAAUGGCCUCGAAGAACUAUAUCAAUCCGCUUAUAAGCAAUUCCAUAGUUGUGAAACAGCACUCUACAUCACAAAGAUCUGGUCUGGUCUGUUCUACAGCAAAUGAUGGCGGUCCUGCUUUUGGGUUGACUGCUGCUCUUUUAUGAACGUUUUCGCUGGAGACAACAAUCGAUCGCUUCUUUGAUUUAGGAAUAGUUAUAUCCUCUUGUUUUAUCACACCGCAGCAGAACGCUCCUGAAACGUUAUGCCUGGUGUAUUAUGAAUUCAACCAGCAUCAGAUGCAGUCUCAACAUUGCGAUCAAAGUUAUCCCACCAGAAUAUCGUUGAUAUCUUAAGAAUACAAAAUAAGCAGCUUAAUAUUCAUGUUAUUUUCGUUGUAAAAACGGAAAUAGUAAAUACUUACUUUGGAACCUACAUACAUAUUUGUUUUGUUAAUUUUUCUGACGUAUGUUAUUUAAGUCUUGUAAUUACGUCAUACGAUGCGUUCGCGCCAAAUAUAUGUUUUUCUUUUAAUUUUAGUUUCUGUCUUAAAAACUUGUGUAUUCAAACAGAACAUGGUGACAGGAUGGGAUUUUCGCUACUAAUGUUUGUUUAUAACCGAAUGUUUAUACCUGUAAUCGUUUGAUGGCUCUUCGUUGACAUUGUAUGUCGCUUUGCUUCGAAAUUUGGUAGAUUUUACUUUAAUUUGAUUGUCAUUUAUGGAUAAGUUUCAACCACCGACGCCAAUUUUCCUUCGAAGGAAACAUCUCUCGUGGAUUGAAAAUAUGGGAAAUAUACUUCAAUUUUUAUCUCACUUCUAUUGAAUCAAAUUCAAAGAGCGAUAAAGUGAAAACCUCCAUUUUCUUAAACUGUAUUGGACCAAAAGGUCGCGAAAUUUAUGACACAUUUACCUGAAACUCAAGGUCGUAUUAGAAAAAUCCAGUGCAUAUUGUAAUCCUAAAAAGAAGAUCCCCAUACUUCGGCACCAAUUUUUUAGCUACAGCCAACAUGAAGGUCAGCCCUUCAACGAUUUUGUCACAGAACUUACGAAACGAGCCUCUGAGUGUGAAUUUGGGACUUUAGCUGAUUCACUGAUCAAGGACAUGAUUGUGGGGUAGCUGAUCAAUCCCUCCGUGAAAGACUCUUACGUGAUGCGGACUUAACACUUGCCAAGGUCGUUGAUGCCAGUAUUGGUGCAGAGGAGCGUCAUGCAAAAGAACUCGAAAAAAAUCAACAAUCGUCAGAUAUUCACCAAGUUUAUCAUUUGAAAGAAAAAAAACUCAAAGAAUCCAGCAAAGCCCUUGACGAUGUCAUCAAGAAACGUAAGUUUUGUACUGGCUCCCACCAACGUGGCAACUGUCCUGCCUACGGGAAACGGUGAAACAUGUUCCUAAAAAUCAAUCAAACGUGUUACUGAGCAGGAUAACUCCUCUGAUGAUGAAUUUUUCAUCGAUAUGGUUAAAGUCACUGAUACCAAUCAGAAUCUCUCAACUGAAGGUGAUGGUGAAAACACCCCAAAUCCAUUCCAACAAAUGGUCCUCUCAAUGUUUUCACAGUUAACCAUACCAAAUCAGAUUGGUCUGCCACACUGUGCCUGAAUGGAACUGAUGUCAAUUUCAACAUAGACAUUGGAACCCAGUGGAUUGCAAUUCAAAAACGCCUACUCUCCAACCUUUCACCCAGACCUAAGAUCAAAACAGCAAAAGUCCCGCUUUCUGUAUAUAAUGACACAAAUAUCCCUGUUGCUGGUAUACAAGUGCAUCGCUCAAGUCAAAUGCAGGGGACAAACAAUUCCCAUUCUCUUAACGGUUGUAGAUUCAGACUCUGUCCCAAUCUUAGAAUUAAAUAAAUCUAGCAAACUGAAUUUGGUCAAACAAGUGUAUCAAAUUUCGGAGGAAGUGCAAUCUCAUAGUCCUAUUGAGCAGGAAUUCUCUGACUGUUUUGGAGAAACUGAAUGUUUAAAGUGGACUCGAACUUGAUCAAAUAGCGUGGACUUGAAAUCUAGUCCAGUCCUCAUAAUUAAGCAGAAUUCAUAUUAGAGACGGAAAACUUGUCUUAGACGGGAAACUCGUCUCAGACGGGAAACUCGUCUAAUAUGAAUCCGGGGGCAGACGAGUUUCCCGUCCGAACUUUCCCAUUCAAAUUACCCGUCUAAACAGACGGGAAAGUUAGACGGGAAACUCAUCUAGAUGGGAAACUCGUCUUAAAUUCGAAUUUAUCCGUCCCUAAAUUCAUAUUCAGACGGGUUUUCGCAGACGAGUUUCCCGUCUAAGACGAGUUUCCCGUCGCUAAUAUGAAUUCGGCUAUAGUCGGAUUUAAGAUAUUACAUACAUCAUGGCCACACUGGCAUUGAAAGUUGCAAACAUCGCACGCGAAUAUUUGUCUGUUGGCCCGGAAUAAUCGCACAAAAUUGAAGAAUGAAACUCUGAUUCAACCUACGGUUCCGAAUGCACCAUCGACAAAAGUUGCCUCAGACCUGUUUUCUCUUCAUAGACAUGACCACGGACUAUUUCUCAAAGUACAUUGAAAUUGAACGACUCACCGACAGAUCGAGCGCCACUGUGGUCAACAAAAUUAAAAAGGUUUUUACUCGACAUGGCAUUUCUAAAGAGUUCUGUUCCGACAAUGGUCCAGAAUACACAGCGGCAUGUUUCAAACAGUUAUCAAAGAAUGGGACUUUAAACACACUACUUCAAGUCCUCACUUUUCGCAGUCCAAUGGUUUCGUCGAAAGAGGAAUCCUAA